AUGGCGAAAACAAACGACAUCAAACCCGCCAACAUGGCCAAGGAGCCAUGGCUAACUGGACUCGAUGAAGACUGGCCGUCACAACCGUCGACACCGUGCUCACUGCCUCAUUCACCAACCCUUCCAUCCAGCGGGCAUAAGCACUCGACGGCGCGCAAAUGCAUCAGUUGUGAAAUCCGAAGCCGCAUUCCUAAACCUGAGGCCCCAUCUCCCAGAGUCAGAGGAUUAAUUACCCCUAGGGGCGCGAAACAAACCCAAGCGAGACGCGGUGGUAGCACAACUCCUACGAGUGCACGAGCAUCGCCUUCGCCGCGUGCGAGUUCCUCCCCGCGAGCUUCACGAUCGUCAACAAACACUCCUUCACAAGCCUCGCCUAAAACAAGCGCCAAACAACCAACGCCUGCGCGCAAGAAGCCAUCAUCUACGCCCCUGAAGAAUGUGAUGUCAGCCCGAUCGAGCUCCGUAGCGUCAGACCGUAUGAGCGACUUGGGAACAAUUCAAGUCCGAGCUGGAAAAGAAGAUACAAAGGGCACGCCAGAAUGGAAGCGGCGAAUUGUGCGAGGAGAAAUAUCCGCCGAUGAGCAGUGUGAUUUAUUUGCACCUAUGGGACUGGAGAACAUUUUCAAACAACCAGCAACCGCCGCAGGCUCGGAAGUUCUAUCAUCGUUCGCAAUCUUCAGUCAUCCCGAGAAUGAUGCUCAAGUGCAGGCCGCUGGUGGAACAACAGACAAAGGCGCCCGGCGUAGAGUGUCAUUUAAGAAUAACCCCGAGAAAGAAUAUUUUGACGAGGAGUCAGUGCAUCUCAAAGUGCGCACGACGUCUUCUAGACGCGGUAAAUACGGGCUAGACGGCGUCUCAGAUGCAGACAGCCGGUUGCGUUCGGCCAGUGGGGAGGAAGAACUCCGUAAUGAGGAUUUGACACCUAUAUUCCUGUCAUCAAACGGCACAGUCGAACGCCGGACAGGCUCUGGUGUUCUACAGUCUGCGCUGAAGCAACUUGGUGGUAUGUCAGAGGAAUCGGGGCAGCGCCAGGACAAAGCUCUGAGUGAAGACAAAGAAAAUGGCGAAGCAGCUACCUUCUUACCCAACGAACUUCUCGGUGUCAGUAGCCCCUACUUUCCUGAGGAUCUUUCCACAGGCACACAAGAAGCAUUACGCACUCAGCCAUUCGUGACCAUCGAGCGAGGAGGGUUCUCAGAUGGUUCCUUCCAGUUGCGGCAACUGAGCCCCUCGUCCUUUCCGUCUAAUCUACAGUCUUCCGUUCUCACCAACUCGAAGAUUCGUAGUUCUCCACCAACUGUUAAUCAUGACAACAGAAGUGCAAUUCCUACAAUUAGCUUUUCUCCAGAGGGAGAGCCGGGCUCUGAAAGACCGCAAACUGCUAACGUGAGUAGCCCAUUGAAGCUGUUCGCAAAUCAUGAUACUUUUACCAACAACAAACUCCUACGGCGCAUGAGUCAAUUCGAGGAGACGUUCCAAGACGUAUCGGACGACGAUGAACCAGCAUCGCCAUCCCUGAUUGCGAGAAGGACACGCACCACAAAUCGCAACCUACCAGUUCUCAGACGUGGACAUACUCAUCCGCAGAGAAGUGAUAGACGUCCUGCUACUCAAGAUGCCGCGAAUCCUCGCAUGAAUAGCUUUAGAAAGGGUCGCUUCAACUUUGGCUUUGCCAGCCAAGAAUCUAGUCUUGUACCCAGUCUUUCCUUUCAACAACCAUAUGUUCGGGAACGUCAACUUCGGCAAAGGUCAACUUCUCAGAAUACAGUAAACGAAAGACUGCGGAAAACUAAAAGCCUGGAAAAUCUACCAGAGAAUGGAACAUCUACCAGAGCUCUACAGAGAAGACUGUCACGCCACUCUAACAGUCGCCGAUCCAGUCAGGGCAUAUACCAGUCCAUUCCCAACGUGAGGCGCAUAAGCAACAUGUCAAGCAGAACCACAGCUCCAAAACGGCGUCGGACGCUACAACAAACCGAAGAACAGUCUUUGGAUGCAACUGAGUUGAUUGAAUCCGUACUCAACAUGAGCCUCGAAGACAAAAAGGCAUGGCAUCAAUCUCAAGUUAAUAUGAUAAAUUCGAGCUCGCUAAAUUCGGAACAGGCUGGAGUAUCGUGGGCUGCAGGCGCAUCGGGAGGCGCUUUCUAUAGAGUUGAUGAUUCUAUUGAAGACGCAUUAAGUCAAGACGACCACAAGCGCUCUCUUACUACACAAGAUUUCCUUGACGAGGCUACAAAAGUUAUGAGCAUAAUCCGCUCAAAGAACAAAUACACGAGUGGAUUAGCAAGCGUGGAGGAAUCACAUAUUACAGGGGAAGAUGAUGAGGAAGACGAAAUGUCAAGUCGAGAAAACCUGUCUCGACCUCCGAGUCGCGAAGGUGUGGACAUGCGAAAGUUCAGGGAGCCCCGACCGAUGCACCCACGUGUUGUUAGCCACCUCAAGAAGUUCGCUGAUAAAGAAGAUACGGAACAAUUCAUGGCAUCGGUCAUGUCGGACUUGUACAAAGAGAAUCAGCCGAUGCUAGACGGUUCGAUGGUUGGUGGGAAUGCGACGAGCAGUCCGCAUGAUGUGCGAAUCUUGCCUCAGCGGAAGCGCAAAUUUUCCGAUGACGAUGCUCCAAUGCAUUCGAUCCCAACUGUCUCUUCCAAUGGCUCAAACACGAAGGGUGUAAUUGCUUCUGAUAUGGUUUCACACCUAAUACCAGAACAGGUCAAUGGGAUGAAUUAUGAUCGAACAACAAAAUCCUGGGUCAAACAGAAAGUUAAUCAUAAUAUGCGAAGCGAAGAUAGUGAGGACGAUCCAUUUGGCAGCAUCCCCGAUCUGAGUUAUGAUGAACUUGAAGAACUCAAGAAAGCCCAAGAGUUUACCUCCCCUCGCAAGGAUGGGCAAACAGCGGAUGCUGAACAAACAGGCAGGGCGGAUCGACAUGGAAAAAGCGGCUCUGAAGGGACUGAACGACCAGUGACUCGAGAAGGAAAUCCUUUCAUUCCCGAUUCCAGUUCCGUACAAUCGAAGACAACGCGAUUUACCUCAAGUGGACCACAACCCGAAACUCGAGCCACAUCAUGGGGAACUGAGGACUUGACUGUCAAUAUAGGCAGAUUUACCAACCCAGGAUCAAAGAAAUUAGAUGGUGAGUCUACAACGGAGCAGGAAACCUUGCUCAAGCAGCCGAAGCAGUCUAUGGGAUCCAAUUCAAAAAGAGCCGCCACUAUCAGCUUCUCCUCUCCACUGGUAUCUCACAUCUCCUAUGCUGAUGAUGGUGAAGAUGUAUCAACAUCGGACACGAUCAAAGCUGGACAGCAUGAGCGACAGACUGACCACAGGGCCUCAACUGUUGCUCCAUCUCGCCGUACUUCAUUCGAUGGCAAGCCGUUUAUUGGUCGUCCGAUUUCUCGUAUUGAUGAGCGGACCGAGGAGAGCUAUGCAGAAAUGAGCUUGAUCCGUCGGAAUUCUACAGGAUCUACGCCUCUACGGGGCGAGAGAUCUAUGAUACUUCCAUCAUCUGCGCGAGAUGAUAAUUACAGCUUCCAUAUGAGCUCGCUUGCCGAAUUCACGGUUCAUCAAACAGAUUACCCUAUAAAUCCCGAGCCCAGUUAUGUUGCCCCUCGUACUCAUCCCACGUCUUUGCGUCAAAUACACGGAACUUUUGCCUUGGCCACAGAAGACCUCAUCAGACACAUCACUGAUGUGGAGCCCACCGAGCCAUUUUGGGAGCAAUUACGGCGAUUGUCUCUGCGAGAUAAGGGUAUCGCUACUCUUCAUCAGUUGGACAAGUUUUGCCCGCUGCUAGAAGAGUUGGACGUCUCUGAGAAUGAACUCGUCCAACUUGACGGUACUCCUUCAACUCUGCGUGACUUGCACAUACAGCACAAUUCUCUUACAAAUUUGACUUCGUGGGGCCACCUCAUCAAUCUCCAAUACCUUGAUGUCUCUGGCAACCAACUUGAAACCUUGGACGGCUUCUCAGGGUUGUUCCAUCUCCGGGAGCUUCGUGCCAACAACAAUAGAAUACGCAACAUAAAGGGAGUAUUUGGUUUGAACGGUCUAUUGCGUUUGGAGCUGAAGCACAAUAAUCUGACUUCAGUCAAUUUUGAAGGCUCAGAAUUGAUUCGUCUUAGUGAACUUGACCUAAGCAACAACCAGAUCACAGCCGUUAAACAUAUCGAGUACCUCCAAGCAAUAGAGACUUUGGAUUUAAGUGAGAAUCAGAUGCGAGAACUGCAGACACCCAUGCCAAUACGAAGUCUCCGCAGCUUCAAAGUGUCGAGCAACCGUCUAUCUAAUUUCGAUGCGUCAUAUUAUCCAAAGCUUCGGUUGUUGUACCUCGACAAUAACUACUUGACUACUGUGUCUGGCCUAGCUGGUUGCAGCGGAAUUGAAGUCUUUUCGGUGCGAGAGCAGUUCUCUGGGCAAUCACCAGAAGAAGGAGCGUCUCUUGAUAUUGAUCUUAGCCCACUCGGUGACGCUCGUAAGAUAUUUUUAUCAUCAAACAGACUCUCUGAUCGAACGCUGUCGCCUUCGGUUCCUAUGCUGGGGUUGCAACUUCUCGAUAUUGCAUCUUGCGGUAUUCGGGUCCUACCCGGUCACUUUGGCAAAGAUUUCCCCAACCUACGUGUUCUUAACCUCAACUUCAAUUCCGUCAGCGACCUUGGAAGUAUUGCCGAUAUGAGAGGCCUGAGUCGCUUGACAGCAGCAGGCAAUCGAAUCAGCAGACUACGAAUGCUCUGUCAAGUUGUGGCAAGAGUCGGGAGAUCAAGUCAGCAUGACUACAGUUCUUUGAGGACAAUUGACCUUCGAAACAAUCCUCUUACCGUUGGCUUCUACCCACCGCCAGUUUCGGGAAGCGGCCGUGCCGAUACGCAUAUCAAGAUGCUGGAAGACAGGCUUCACAAAACACAGAAGCGCCAGAACCGUAUUGAAAGUGGCUCCGACUUGCUGCCAGAAAUGUUCGGUGAAGUAGAAGAAAAUGCAGUAGUUGGGUUCAAAGGUCAAGCGGCUACCAAAGAAAGGAUCACGGAGGUGGAAAUUAAUGACCCGUAUACCCUUCCCCCUGCAGAUGCAGAGGCGGAUCAAAAGUAUCGGUUACGACUGGACGGGUCUACAAAGUCAAAACGCAUGACGUUGGAAGUCAUGCUGUAUGCGGGAACUGGUGGUUCAGUCAGAGUACUAGACGGACUAGAGCUCCGACCUAUUUUGGAACAAGACAAGGCAGAAGUUGAUAGACUGUGGAGUAAGUUGGAGCAAUUGGGCGUUUUCACGAAGAAAACUCCCAAUAGUGCAUUGUGCCAGUAA